AAAAUGGUUUAUUUACUCAUGGACUCUGUAGCGCCGUGUGCGUGUGUGGCCGGGGAGGGGGGAGGGGGGGGUUCCUCGGGAAUCAGAGGCUCCUCUCCCUUGUAGGCUUCAGACAAAAGCUGGAUGCCCAUUGGUGGAGGGUAGAGCAGCUUGGCCACACCCCUCGGGCCCAGCAUUCCAACUACUGAGAGUUCCGUCCGCCCAAGUUCCUAGAGAGGUCCCGGAAGUCGGGGAUAGGGGAGAAACCUCCCCUCCGAUGGUUCCACUCCAGGGGUCGGGGAUCGCUGAGCCCAUUUCCUGCCAGCAGUACUACUGGGCUUCGGGAAAGAGAUAGGGUCAGAGAAACUCCAGGAAAACAAGGGUCCCAUAAGCAUCUCAUAAGUCAGUGCCUGCUCUACCUGCCAUCAACUUUUCUUUCACCUGGGACACUUCUUGGACACCACCAUCAGAAAGUUCUUUACAUCAAGGAUCAUCAACAUGGAGAUGGUGACUUUUGAGGAUGUGACUGUGUAUUUGACCCAGGAGGAGUGGGGGCAUCUGAAACCAGCUCAAAGGGACCUCUACAAGGAUGUGAUGAUGGAGAAUUAUGGGAAUCUUGUCUUCCUGGGAUUUCUAUUCUCCAAACCUGAUGUCAUUUCCCAAUUGGAACAAGGGGAAGAACCAUGGGUCCAAGAUGUGCAGGUACCUGAGGAAAGAGAGAGUUCAAGAAAUGCUUAUAGAGGUCCUAAAAACAGGUCUGAUGAUGAGAAUUUAAUUCAAUGCCAGGAAAUUUAUGAAGAUAUAGAAUUACUUGGAAAGGUGUCAGAAAAUUUCCCAAAGGAUGUUUCCCAUGUCCCAAAUUUAGAAGUCUUUGACCAUGAGGGCAGUUUAGAGAUGAGAAAUACCAGACAGCAAUAUCAAUACACCAGACAGCAAAAUCAAUCUAUCUUCCAGCCAGGAAGUUUUCAACAAGUAGAAGACUUCCAAGAGCAAAUAAGUGGAAAGAGAGGCAGUAAAUGUCAAGAAUUUGACAGAGACUUCUCAUGGAAGUCUAACCUCAUUACAUAUCAGAAGGUUCUUACAAAAGAAAGGGACCAUCAUUGUAACAUAUGUGACCGUAGUUUUUUCCAUCAUUCAGCCCUUAUUCAACAUCAGAGAAUUCAUGCUGGGGAGAGGCCUUAUGAAUGUAAUUACUGUGGGAAAACCUUCAGUCGAAUUGCAGAUGUCACAAAGCACCAAGUAAUUCACACUGGAAAGAAACCUUAUGAAUGUAAUUACUGUGGGAAAGCAUUCAAGCGAAGCUCAGAUUUUAUUAAACAUCAAAGAAUUCACACUGGGGAAAAGCCCUUUGAAUGUAAAGAAUGUGGAAAAGCUUUCAGUAACAGCUCAGAUGUUGUUAUUCAUCAGAGAAUCCAUACUGGAGAGAAACCUUAUGAGUGUAAUGAAUGUGGGAAAGCAUUCAAUCGCAGUUCACAUCUUACUCAACAUCGAAGAAUUCAUACUGGGGAGAAACCAUAUGAAUGUAAUAAAUGUGGGAAGGGCUUCAGUCAGAACUCUGAUCUUAUUCGACAUGAAAGAAUUCAUACUGGAGAGAAACCUUUUAAGUGUAAUGAAUGUAGAAAAGCCUUCAGUAGAAGCUCACUUCUUAUUGGACAUUAUCGAAUUCAUACUGGCGAAAAACCAUUCGACUGUAAUGAAUGUGGAAAAGCCUUCAGUCACAUCACAGGUUUUGUUCAACAUCAGAGAAUUCAUACUGGAGAGAAACCAUAUGAAUGUAGUGAAUGUAGAAAGGCCUUUAGUCACCAUUCAGUCUUAAUUCAGCAUCAGAAAACUCAUACUGAACAGAAACCAUUUGAAUGCAAUGAAUGUGGAAAAACUUACAGUAGGAGCUCAAUCCUUAAUGAACAUCAAAAAAUACAUACUGAGGAGAAGCUACAUGAAUGUAGUAAGUGUGGAAAGAUCUUUCACCGAACCUCGCACCUUGUCAGACAUCAAAAAGUUCAUAUGAAAGAGAAGCCAUGUGAAUGCCACAUAUGUGGGAAAGCCUUUAUUCGUCCAUCAUUUCUUAUUAAACAUGAGAAAAAUCAUACUCAAGUCAAUUUGUGAAUAUGAAUAUGAUAUGUAGCAGCAGAAAACUUUGGCUCAGAGAGCUCAUUUUUUUUGUCAGAAUACCAUAAUAAAUUGGAAAAAGGAGAAGGUCUUUGAGGGCAGUGUCUAAAUUUUUCUGCUCCAGUUGGAAUAAUAGCUAUCAAUGUGCUACAUUCAAUCAGAAUUGAUUCAUAGUUGGUUAAAUUAUUAGAAUGGUUAAUUAUAUGGCCUUCAGUGACAGCCUGUGAAUUUUAAUCUUAGAAUUAAGGUGAUGGUAAAAAGGAGUCUUUCAAUUUCAACCUCUCCAUCUGGAAAUAUGAAUUGGGUGGAGUAAUAUGACCUUUGUUUUUGCUGACUUUAAAUACUUUGCUUUUAUCAAGUCCCCACUGAGUCUUCUCCAAACUAAACAUCCUCCAUUCUUUAACUAGUCAUAGCUAGUUGUUUCCAGUUACUUCAUCCUUCAGUUCCUCCCUAGAUAAUCUCUGUUUUAUAAACUUCAUCUUCAGAAUGUAGCGUCAAAAUAACCCUCAACAUAAAAUUUCAGAUGUGGGUUAAGUAGGACAGAACAAUGUGAACACUUAUAAAUGCAGCCUAAGGUCAUAAUUGGAUGGUCCAGAUUUAAGAUGUAAACACUGAACAGCCUGACUACUCACUUUCCUUGUCUCAGAAAGUCAACAAGCAGUGAAGGUGAACUGGAUAAAAAUAAUCUUGCAGAGUUACAUAUUUCUAGGUGGACUUGUAUGGUAUCAGAUAAUUUGGAAGGAAAAGUAAAUUCUGUCCACUACAAGAGAAAGGAGUUGUCCACUACAACCAAGGCUUGAGCUUCAAAAGGUGCGCCUGUUCCUACUCAGAGCACAAUGCGGGAUUGAACAUAUAAUGCCCUACCCUUUGCUUUCCCAAUGUCCACUUUACUGUCCAACUGAAAGACACAGGAAAAGAUGGUGAGAUAAAGCCCCAGAAAUAUAUCAGUGUUGCUGAAGAUCCCCACCAUGAGCCUUUGCUACUCUUUUCUUUAGGUAUAUUUUCUGUAGCCCAGUACCCUUUUGCUCAUUACAAAUCCAAUCUGGCUAAUUUGAGGUUCACUUAUACUAGUCCAUUGCUGGGGCCAAUCUGGGAGACUUUGCUCCCACAUUUAACUGCCUAUUCAAGGCUCAGCUGCUUCACAUCCCAACAGCUUCUGGGAGGAGUCAAGAGUGAACUCCAUUUUGAACAAUGGGAAACCAAGUCAUAUGAUUUAUCCCGAGAUUUCAUAUGGAAUCUGUGACAGAACUUUCAGAACUCAUGUUUUCACCUAGUAAUUGUAAAGCACAGUACCUGGCCCAUAGUAAAGGCUAUAUAAACUUUAGCUAUCAUCAUCAUCACUCACCAAAGUGCAUCUGAUAAGUGUCAUUCCCCUUUCCAUGACCCCCUCAGGUACAAGCGCAUCCAGUAUGUCCUAGGUUCUUAAACUGUGGAUCUUGACCAUAUAUGGGAUCACGUAACUGAAUGUGGGG